CCGAAUUAAGGAAAUCUCGUUUUCUGUUGUGUAUAGAGUACAAACUCCCGGUAAAAGAUGAAAUUGCCAAUACCGGUUUUAUCGUGGAUGUGUUUCAUGACCUGGGGUGCCAGAAUAACUGUAGGCUUGGUAACACCGUCUGCAGGAACACCAGGAGAGGCUGAUGUUCCCAGUGAAACUUCAUCAACAUCAUUCACGCUCGAUGUACAAGAUAGAGCAGCUCCUUUUGAAGGGAGUCAGGGACAGCUGGAUUGUGGGAACCAUACCCUAGUACCAGGACAAGACGUGACAAUACUUUCGGAAAACUAUCCUGAAAAGUACCCUACAAACUACUAUUGCAAAUGGCAUUUCCAGGCAUCAUCUCCUGAGUCUAGGAUAACCAUUUCAUGCGGUGACUUUGACAUGGAAAACUGCACACUCUCUUCAUUACGAAUCAGAGGCCUAGGCCUAAGUGAAAGGUACUGCAACGUUCAAGACAACGUAACACUGAUGAGCGCUAACGGCUUCAUGAAAGUAGUAUUCAAAACGAGUGAAUCCAGCGCAGCAAGAAGAGGCUUCAAUUGUACAGUUUCUGCCACUAAUGUGGUUACAGUCGCCACGAAAUCAAACUGUAGAUGUGGCCAAGUCAACAGAGUCGCAAGAAUUGUGGGAGGUGUACCUACGGAAAUGCACGAGUACCCUUGGCAAGUUGCAAUAACCCCUGUUGGUCUAAGCCGCCCAUUCUGCGGUGGAUCUAUCAUCUCUGAUCGCUACGUUCUCACUGCAGCUCACUGUGUCGCUGGAGGAACUCCAGUGAAUGUGCGUGUCACAAUCGGAGAGCACGACUGGAAAAAGAACUCUGAAACUCCCUACACGAAAAGCUUAAUGGUGGAUGAGAUCAUCGUGCGUCCAGACUACGAACCUACAACUGUCGACAACGACGUAGCUUUACUCAAGCUAUCGUCACCCAUAGAGUUUCCCGCAGAUAACAAAAUAGCGCCGAUCUGCCUCCCUCCGCCCGACAACCUCUACGAGAAUGUCAAGGCGACGGGAACUGGUUGGGGAAGACUGUCUUUCGGUGGUAUCCAACCUUCGGAGCUUCGUGAAGUGACAAUGUCAACGAUGUCUAACGUCAUUUGUAAUAUGCUUUACUUCGGACUCGUCACCGACAACAUGAUUUGCGCUGGGCACCUUUUCGGUUUGAAGAGCCCUUGCCAGGGUGACUCUGGUGGACCUUUAGUCACAGAUGGUGGAAGUGACACGCCAUACAUGGUACAAAUUGGUAUUGUUUCUUGGGGCACCAUAUGUGGCCUCCCUGGGCAGCCAGCCGUUUUUGCACGGGUGAACAACUACCUCGACUGGAUAGAAGAGAAUACAGCCGAUUCUACAAUUUGUCCUUCGCCUAAUCAGUCAAGUAAUGACAGCCUCGUCCAGCAUUAAUUCGUUGCUUAACAUCUGCUUUACUCUGCAAACUCUACAUAACUAGAUGUUGACGAAUUUUUACAUAUUUAAUUAUCCAACUAGACUGUUAUGAGAUAAGUUCUUGUUCCAAUCAUAUUAUGCUGGCGGAAGUGAAGAUCCUUAAGCCCUCGUUUUAGACGCAUGUACGAAGCUUGUGCAUUUGGGAGAAUAGAUAAGCAUUGGUUCUAAAUUUUGAAGAAAGCUAUAUUCCUUUUUGUUUUGCUUAUACUUUACUAGCACUGGAGAGAGUAGAUUAUUUAUGGUAUUAUCACUGUAUUUAACAAAAUUCUUCUUGAGCCUUCCAUGAAUACCUACAAAGGUUUUCGGAUCGCAACCGCGCUUCAAGCACUGUAUACAUAGUUCUCUACUUGAUACUGAAAAAUUUCCUUUUUACUAUGUUUUGACGUGUGAGCUGUCAUUUGCCUUUGCUGGAAGUUAUGGUCAUAUUAUUUAUUGUGUGUGUGUGUGUGUGUGUAACA